GAUUAUAAAGGGAGACGGUUCUCCCGCAGAGCAGAACAUACGCAGAGCACACUCUGAAGAACUGCCACCACCAUCCAAGACCCUCCUCAGGAGCUCAAAAGACAGGAUGCGGCAGCUGUGGAUGUUCGUGCUGAUCUCUGCCCUGGCUCUGGCCACCUUCUCUGAAGCCUCUCCAAAGCCCAGUGCCCUGUUCCAGGACCCUCCUCCAGGCCCUGAAGCCAGUAGGAGCCUGGGACUGAGGUGGCCAGUUGCUCUGGGCUCUCCUUCCCACCACCGGAGACAGCUCCGUCCUCAGGACCUCCCUCACCUCACGGCAGAUCUAUCCAAGAAGCAAGGGCCAUGGCUGGAAGAAGAUGAGGCCUAUGGCUGGAUGGACUUUGGUCGCCGAAGUGCUGAGGAAAGGGACCAACUCCCCUAGCAUGCACCACCCCCAUCCUACCCCCGUCAAUAAACAUUUCCUGGGGCAGCUAGGUGGCGCAGUGGAUAGAGAACUGGCCCUGGAGUCAGGAGAACCUGAGUUCAAAUCCAACCUCAGACACUUGAC